UCUCCUCCUCCCGCACGUGUCGCUCGCACCACGCGACGACCUCGCCGUCGCCGCCGCCUCCGCCCGCGGCGCCGCCAUGGGGAGGCGAUCCGGGGGCAGGAAGCUGCCCUUCUUCGCAUCCAACGCCUCGACGUCGUCGUCCACCAAGCGGACCCGCUCGGCGCGCCGCCUCCCGUCCCUCCCCAAGCCCCGCGCGUCGGGUCCCACCUCCCCGGCCUCGCCCUCCGCCCCGCAGCCGGCCGGGUCGCACCCCGCCCCUCCGUCCCCCACCCUCGCCGUCUCUCCCUCCGUCGCUGGCGGCGGCGGCGGCGGCGCCGGUAAGGUGGGGAAGAAGAAGGCCGGCGCGCGCCUGUGGAUGCGGCUCGACCGGUGGGGCGUCUCCGAAACCCUCCAUCUCGACAAGGGAUCCAUCAUCCGCCGCGCCGGCCUGCCGCCGCGCGACCUCCGGAUCCUCGGCCCCGUCUUCUCCGACUCCUCAAGCAUCCUCGCUAGAGAGAAGGCGAUGGUGAUCAACCUAGAAUUCAUCAGGGCAAUCGUUACGGCCGAUGAGAUCCUCAUAUUGGAUCCUCUCGCAAUGGAUGUGAUCCCUUUUGUUGAGCAUUUGACACAUCAUCUCCCUCUGAAGAACCUGGUGUGUGGAAAUGGGCAACGUGGUGGUGAUGACCAUGGGGAAAAGCAUGAUGACUCGCCUGGAGAUCAGAUGCCUUGUCGUCUUAAUGAGGCCACUGGGGCAGAGCACGAGUUGCCGUUUGAAUUCCAGGUGCUGGAGCUCGCGCUCGAGACAGUGUGCUUGUCAUUUGAUGUUAACGUGUCUGCCCUCGAAAGGCGUGCCACUCCUGUACUCGAGGAGCUGACCAAGAAUGUCAGCACAAGGAACCUUGAUCGUGUGCGAACUCUCAAGAGUGAUCUUACCCGUUUGCUUGCCCAUGUACAGAAGGUCAGAGAUGAAAUAGAACAUCUUCUGGAUGAUAAUGAAGACAUGGCACAUCUGUAUUUAACAAGGAAGCAAUUACAAAACCAGCAGGUUGAGGCUUUAAUGUCAUCAGCUGCUUCCAAUAGCAUUGUUCCUGGAGGAACAAGUCUGUCAAGGUUGAACUCUAGUUUUCGGCGAAGUGUGAGCAUCGCUACAAGUAUGCAUUUGGAUAAUGACGUGGAAGACCUAGAGAUGUUACUUGAGGCUUACUUCAUGCAAUUGGAUGGAAUUCGCAACAGAAUUUUGUCGGUUCGAGAAUAUAUUGAUGACACAGAAGACUAUGUCAAUAUUCAACUUGACAACCAGCGUAAUGAACUCAUUCAGCUUCAGCUUACACUGACCAUUGCAUCCUUCGGCAUAGCUGUCAACACCUUCAUUGCUGGGGCUUUUGCAAUGAAUAUCAAGGGACACUUGUACUUCAUUGAUGACGGUAGCCUCUUUUGGCCAUUUGUUGGGGGCAGUUCAUCAGGUUGCUUCAUGAUCACCAUCAUGCUGUUAGGGUAUGCCUGGUGGAAGAAGUUGCUUGGUCCUUGAAACAAAGAAUUGAAAGAACCAAGUGAAAGAUAUCUUGUGGAAGUGUGCAUCCUUCUCAUUGCUGAGGAAGACAUGCAGUUUUGCUUGUUAUAUCUGUACUCUGUGGAAUGGAAGCAGACAAUGACAAUUUGAAGGGUAAAAGAAAACCGUGGGGCUUAAAGCAUAUAGGAUGCCUAUUGUUCUAUAUUUCUCUCUUUCUUUUGAAAGGGAUGUCUAUGUUUGUUGCUGGUGUUUCAUCCAUUUUUAUAAUAGAAAUACGGGAAAUUGUAAAGAUCUCCCCAAGUAUCAUUAUUAGUUUGAGUCCCCCCUAUAAAUUGAUUUAUUGCAAAUACCUUCCUCCUAAUUCACUUUGUUUGAGAUUACCUUCUAUUAUGGCUGCUAGUGCAUUCUUGUGGCCAAG